AUGCCGCUCCCUCAACCGAGCAACUCACGGUCGCGGCCAUCGACUGCAGCUGGAGCAUUUCCCCGCCAUUCGAUGGCCCCCAACCGCCUGUCGACCGCCACGGGCAGCAUCAAGCCAAGACAACACGCACACUUGCAGUCGCAAUUAGCGCAGUUACAAGCAAACCUUGCAGACACGGAGAACCUGCUCCGGAUGACUGCUGUCCAGGCAAACUUUAUCGCCGAGCUCGGUGGAUGGACUGGUGGAUUAUUCAUGGCCGCGAGCAAAGUCCUCGGCGAAGAAACCGCUGCCGCUGCCUCUGCUGCCGCCGCUCACCAGUACCAGUACCAAGCCCAGUACCAAGCCCAAGUUCAGCGCGAUCAGCAGGAGCACGAGCAGGAGCAGGAACACGAACAGCACUUGACUGAAGAUGAACAAUAG